CCUUUUUUUGUCAUUCAUUCAUUCAUUCAUUCCAAGAGCCAAUGCAAUUGGGUUGAAAAAACCCUAGUUGACAAAUAGACGGUUAAGCUAGCAAAUCAAGGGAUAUAAUCAUAUAAAUAUUGACAGCAGUUGAGUGCGCUGAUCAGUCGCUGGACAAGCAAACAUGGGAAUGAGAUGCAUUAAGCUGAUUUUGGAGCUGGGCAGCCUGCUCACCGUUGUGGGAUGCAGUCGGGCAGAAGAGCGCUCUCUCUUCGACUGCAGUGUGAAGUACAAGUGUUCGGCGGAAAAGGACUUUGUCUGGGCCACAGCUGACGAGCGCUGCUUUAUCUUUCACAACAAAUGUCUGAUGAGGGUGGAGCAGUGUGCUCGCAGUACCAGCGGCAGAUCGGAGCUGAUCGAAACGGACAGGGAAACCUGCAAGCCGAACUGCGUCAAGAUCUGCUUGGAUUCGUACGACCCGGUGUGCGCGCAGAUCUUCCAGGAGGAAUACAUCACGUUCAGCAACGAGUGUGAAAUGCGCAACUCCCUUUGCGAGAACGAGAGAGCCUACUCCUACUUUUCCGUGGGGGAAUGCCCUGAGAGUCCAGUGGGAUAG